UUGGCCAUGAGGGGUGACGUAAUCGACAUGUUGACGAUGGCAGCCGAAGUUUGGCGAAAUCCGAGUCGCCGGCGGAGGCUCCCACCACAACGAGCCAGCCUCCCAUCGAUGCAGUUCUCUACGAGCUCUUUGUCCUCGUCCGCUUGGAUGACGACACGCACUUGACUCGGAUGUUGUCUGGGCCAAUUCGCCUCUAUUGACCUUCUUAUUUCUUACGAGAAGACCAAACGUGGAGGGAAAUUGUCCCGUUUUAAAAGACAGCAAGGGGACUAGAGGAGGAGCUUCAUCACCAUUAUAGCAGCUGCCACUGUUAGCUAAAACAUAAGCACGGUGUCCUUGUGUGGGUCGCCGUGUUUUUUUUUUUUUGAAUUUUUUUUUUUUAAUUAAGUAUCUUUACUGUCUUUGUCAACCGAGACUUGAGUAAUGACGUUUCCCGCUGGACUGGCGCACAGAGCAGACUGCCAUGGAGGCGAAUGUUCGGCGAGAGCCGUGGAAGCACUCGGAGAAGCCUGAAAUGACACUCCGCAAUGUUCGGGACGUUCGGAAGAGACAACGCAGCACAUAAAUAACAGCAGCCGGAAAAGGGAAUCUUUUCAACGUCUCCACCACCUCUGCUGCCCGUCGCUCCAUCAUGACCUCACCGGACUCCCCCCCUCUCGUUUCCCCUUCCCCGUGUCCCGCUCCCCCUCCGUCCCUCCCCACAUCUCCCGUGCCAUCCUCCCCUGCCCCAUCCUCCACCUCACUCCCACUCCCACCCUCACUGCCUCCCACGGGGGAGGUGAUGGUUCUGGCUUUGGGAAGGAAGAAGCAAAGGGUCCUGAUCGUUCUGUCCAUCCUUCCAAAUCUCUUCUUGGCCUUCCUGCUGUCGUCCGACCCUCUCAUCACCCUUUCCUCGCCACACCACUGCCACCUGCCGGGGCCGUCGCCGUCGCCCGAGGUGUUGAACGUCUCCCUCCCCUGGGAGAAGGGCUUGAGGCCCGGCGACGGCAAAGAUCUUUCCCAGUGUAAGCAGUAUGCUAACGGGAGCCAGUCGGACGUGGUGGACUGCCAGGACGGCUGGGACUAUAACAUCACAGAAGGGCUGAGGAACAACAUCGUAACUGAGUGGGAUCUGGUCUGUGGUCAGUACUGGGUGGUCCCCGUGGAGGAGGUGUGCUUUAUCCUGGGGGUUCUGACCGGGUGUCUAGGCCUGGGUUUUGCUGCUGACAGAAUUGGUCGCUCCAAAACCUUGCUGUCGUCCCUCACUCUGUCAGUUGUGUUUGGCGUUUUGGUGUGUGUCUCUCCGUACCCUUCCGUCUUCAUCGUCAUGCGCUUUUGCCUGGCGGCCGCGAGCGCUGGAGUCUACCUCACCCUGUACAUCUCUCGCCUGGAGUUGUGUGAGCCCUCACUGAGGCUGCUUGCCACCGUCCUGGCAGGGCUGAUGACUGUUUCUGGGGAGCUGCUGCUGCUGGCAGUGGCUCUUGGCUGCCACUCCUGGCGAGGUCUGCUGGGAGCUGGUGCCGCCCCACUCACACUUUUCCUCAGCUAUGGCAUUCCUGGAGUUUUUCCAGAGUCUCCUCGCUGGCUGCUGCUGUCUGAGCGACGUGGAGACAUGAAUUCGUUCAGCGAGAGAAGAAGCUCAAACAGAGAUGUUAGGGACGACGAGAGCUUCACAGAGCUUGAUUCGGAGCCGGCGGCCUUCUCACGUCCACACCUAUCCUUCCCAGAGCUCUUCCACUGUAGGAACAUCUGGAAGAAUAUUUGUGUGCUCGGCUUCACCUCGUUCAUCUCUCACGGCAUCAGCCACUGCUACAGCUCUUUCAGAGGUGAUGUCAGAGGCACAGCACCCAGCUUCUAUUGGACGUACCUUCUGUCCGUGUGCGCCGGGGGAGGUGCCUGGGUUUUGCUGUGGGCGACCGUCGACAGGUGCGGUCGCCGUGGCAUCCUGCUGCUGUCCAUGACAAUGACGGGCCUGGCCUCCUUGAUCCUCCUGGGACUCAUGAAGUAUCUCAGCGAGACCGCCAUCACGGUUUUCUCUGUGAUGGGCCUCUUCUCCUCUCAAGCUACCGCCUCCCUCUGCAUUCUCUUCACUGCAGAGAUCAUGCCUACCGUCAUCAGAGGGACCGGCGUAGGGGCCGUGCUCGCCCUGGGCUGCGUGGGGCGCCUCAGCUCCCCGCUCAUGGACCUAAGGAACCACUACGGUUACUUCCUGCACCACGUGGUCUAUUCCUCUCUGGCCCUGCUGGCCGUGUUGUCCAUCCUGCUGCUGCCCGAGAGCAAAAGGAAGCCGCUGCCUCAGACUCUGCCCGACGGGGAGCAGUACAGGCGUCCCCCGCUGGGCAGGAGGAGGCGAGACAAUGUGCCGCUGCUGGCCACGCCCAACCCAGAGACCUAAACCACCCCAAAAGAGAAGGAGGGGGCAUGUGCAAUUCCACAUUUAUGUUGAUGGAGGAAGGAGGGAAGAGAUAAAAGGGCUGUAAAGAUGUUUUUUUUUUUUUUUUAAACUCAUGCAGACGUUCUUUGUGGCUCAGCUUCCUUCUCGCUCUAUUUAAAAACUCCGGGAAGUUUUUCUCAUCAGUCACUGUUAAUUGAUUGGCAUACACAGCCGCCCUCGAAGGGGUGCCCCUUAGUGAGUGCAAAAGCACAGCCCCUGGCAUGUGUCAUGUUAUGUCGUCGGAGUUCAACACUUGUUGUCUUUUAAUGUCAUGUACGUGAACUGAGACUUCCCCCAUCUGAAGUAGAGCACAUUUCUCAGAUGUGUACUGUUACACUCGACGGUGUUGUUCGCUGUAAAUACUUUCUUGGUUUUGUUGAAGUCUGGAAGUCGUGCACUUCAGUACGCUAUGCAGAGGAGCUUGUGUGGCGCAGAGCACUUUGAUACCAUGCCUUCAAAGCUAAAGGAGCGUUUCCCAAAUUAAAAAGUGUAAAUCUACCUUGGAGCCAGGUUAUUUAUACCGAAAAUAGCCUAAACCCAUACUCUAUUGAUAAAUUAGGCUUUAGGCAUGGAGGCAAAAUAUGUCGCAACAUUCCGAUCUGGAUGUGUGGAAGGACUUUGAAGGCCUUUUGAUGUUUUUGUCCCUCAGAAGCUUUCUUUACAGUACUUUAAAUGAGCAGUCUCAUCUUAGACAUAUGACUAGAAGUGGAGUAAAAACUCCCACCGUGACUAAUAUACUGUAAGUAUCCUGCUGAAUGUCUGUCAAUGCUGUAAAAAGGGCCCGAUGAUGAAGCUCCACAGCAGCUAAUGAAGGGCCCUCCGAGCUCCUCAUUAUUCCCCUGACUGUUUUCUUGCUCAUGUCGAUUGUAGUGACCGCAGUCAAAGCGUACGCUGGUGGGCUUAUACACGUUCCAAUUGUAAAGGGAUCAUGAAGAUAAUGAACACCUUUAUUGUUUCUUCACAUUUUAGUACUUCCUCAGUACCUCGACUCCUGAUAAUACUGCGUCUGAAAACACUGAUUGUUCAAUGAUGACCCAGUUAACUCUGUAACCUGAUUUCACGUCCAAUAAAACUGGUUCCGUCAGCAGUCCGCUUCUUGUGUGGGACCUUGUUUCAACAAGGGUGCCUAUGGAAGUUAAACAAGA